AUGGGUUCUAAAGGCCAACAGGUGGACUUGAUGUCCUUGGACGUGCCUCAGCUUCUGGAGGUCAAGAAGCAGCUGGAGACGGAGGUGCAACACCUGACUUCAUCGUUUGGCCAGUUGAAAGCUGCGCAAGCCAAGUUCAGGAGCUGCAUCGAGAGCGUCGCCACGAUCAAGCCCGAGAACAAAGACAAGACCACAUUGAUCCCUCUCACGUCGUCACUCUACGUCCCCGGCAAGCUGUCGGAUCUGGAAAACGUCAUCGUUGACGUCGGCACAGGCUACUAUGUCGAAAAGUCGACCUCGGAUGCUACCAAGAUGUAUCAGGAGAAGGUCGAGUUCCUGACCAAAAACCUCGAGCAGCUGCAGGAGACGGUGCUCCGACAGCAAGAGAAUCUGCAGACCACCGUCGAGAUGAUCCGCUUGAAAGCUAGGACCGAGCAGCAGGCACAGCAGGGGAAGGGUGCCCAGGCAACAGCAUCGGCCUAG